AGGUGGAGCCUACCACAUUGGCCUCAAUGACAGAGCUGAGUUCAUAAUUCCAUAUACAUGUUUAGGUGGAGCCUACCGCAUUGGCCUCAAUGACCAGGCUGUUUUCAUGAUUUUAUUUAUAUGUUUAGAUGGAGCCUACCACAUCGGCCUCAAUGACAGGGCUGUGUUCAUGAUUCCAUAUAUAUGUUUAGGAGGAGCCUACCAACUCGGCCUCAAUGACAGGGCUGUGUUCAUGAUUCCAUAUAUAUGUUUAGGUGGAGCCUACCACAUCGGCCUCAAUGACAGGGCUGAGUUCAUGAUUUCAUAUAAAUGUUUAGGUGGAGCCUACUGCAUUGGCCUCAAUGACAGAGCUGAGUUCAUGAUUUCAUAUAUAUCUUUAGGUGGAUCCUACCACAUUGGCCUCAAUGACAGAGCUGAGUUCAUGAUUCCAUAUAUAUGUUUAGGUGGAUCCUACCACAUUGGCCUCAAUGACAGAGCUGAGUUCAUGAUUUCAUAUAUAUGUUUAGGUGGAGCUUACCACAUCGGCCUCAAUGACAGAGCUGAGUUCAUGAUUUCAUAUAUAUGUUUAGGUGGAGCCUACCACAUUGGCCUCAAUGACAGAGCUGUGACAAAUGACUACAUAUGGACUGGAUCCUGGAUAAGCGCAACAUAUUUUGCGUGGGGUGAUCAUGAACCAGUUCCAAAUGAUGAUGACCACUGCAUUGCAUUAUGGCACAAUAAGGAUUAUAAAUGGGUUGAUAUUUCAUGCUCUCUUAAAAGAGGUUUUAUUUGUGAGCAUUAUUUAGAUAGCUAUUAA